UUCCACGUCUUCAUCCUUUGAGUGGAUAAAAGACACAGUUAGGCUGUUUUGAUCAUCGUCAACCGCUCUAACCCCAAGUUGGCUCAUUUUCUUUCUCAGAAAUUCAAAUCUGAAAUCUUCGAACUUCGAUUGUUAUGGAGGCAGAGUUGCUCGACUGGGAGCUUGUGCAUGGCUCCGACACGGAAUCAACUGAUUCAAUCGCAUCGGAGAAGAAAAUGGGGAGCUCAGAUGGAAUCGAUGAUGGUAUGAUUCUCUCGCAUCAUUUCUCUCAGAGCCUGGAAUCGGAGGAUUCUUCCCGGGUCGAUUUGGGUUUCGAUCAGUUGGAUGUUUGUGAAUCGAGUGAUGCUUGUAUCAUAAACGAAGAUGCGCAAGCCGAGAGCGAGGCUGUGGCUUAUGAUGAAUCCCAUGUUGCGAGAGAGUGUUUUUCCGAAACAGACCAUCUCCAAGUUGCUGAUGGAAGAAGGCACGUUGAGAGCCAACUUGGUGUUGAAGAGGAUCCGAGCAAUUCAGAGGGAAACCAACUGGUUUCUGGGAUUGUUUACGGUGAAGAGGAGAUUGGAUCUGAUAGUGAAGCAGUUGAGGAAAGUGGAGGGGAUGCUGUGGUUGUGAGAUGUGGUGAUGAUACUAGUAAAGGCAGAGAGACUGUUUGGUCGAAGAUGCCUUUGGCGCUUGUCAAGUACUGUGCUUUUAGGAUUGGUCCUGUCUGGUCUGUCUCCAUGGCUGCAGCUGUGAUGGGUUUUCUUCUCUUUGGACGCAGACUCUACAAUAUUAAAAACAAACCUCAAAGGAUUCAUCUUAAAGUUGCUUUCGACUAUAAGGUGUCGCAGGUGAUGAGUCAGGCAGCUCGACUCAAUGAAGGAUUCACAGAGAAAAGAAGGGUCCCUGUGAUCCGCCCUGCUCUGCCAGCUCCUGGUGCAUGGCCCGUUUUGAGCCUUAGAUGAGAAAGCUGGAUCAUACAAUCUUUUCAUCUACCAAAAGAACAGAGAUGCAUGCGUGUACAGCGUCUUUCUGAUGCUCCUAUCAUAUGCUAUAAUAUUGCUAUGCAAUCAGUUUGUCAAAUAUACCAUUUUCUUUGAUCAAAAAAAAAUCCAUUUGAAUUUCAAA